UUCCAGCUAGCUUCCCAAAAUACCAACGUGAAGCCCCCUUGCUUGUAUGGAAGCGGUCAGCAUCACCAGCCAGGUUCAUGUUCCUCCGUGACAAUGAAGAAGGUUUUACUACUGUCACUGCUGCUGCUGAACAUACAUCAGGGUAUAGCAGCUCCCAAAGGCGUCACGGCCAGCCUCAAAGCCAAGUGGAGCAUGACCCCUUUCCUCCUGGAGACAAGUGAGUUUAUUGGAGAAGAUGGAAGUGAAAAGUUCUGGAACUUUGUUGACACUGUAAAGGAACUCACUGUUUACAAGCAAGGAGAAUCCGUGCGCUCAUAUUACAACUUGAUCAUCAAAAAGGCAGCUCAGUUUCUCACACAUCUUCAAGUGAACCUCCUCAGAUUUGCUCUGGCCAUGCGGUCCUAUUCACCAGCUGUCCAUGCAUCUCAACAGAUAGCCAGUGAUGAGCCUCCGCCUGAGGCUUGUCCUUCCUUUGUCUCGAUUCAUGGUCAACAUAGCUGCAGCACCAAGGACAUCAAGAAGCUCCUUAAGGAGGCAGCAGGCAGGCCAAAACCAUACUUGUAUAAGAAUGAUCACACAUAUCCAGCUGUCAAUAAAACUGAUAUGCCUAUUGUGAUCCUCUAUGCUGAAAUCGGAACCAAGAAGUUUAACUUGUUUCAUAAGGUGCUGUCGGAGAAGGCACAAGAAGGCAAGCUUAUGUAUGUUUUGCGGCAUUUUGUAGCGAAACCAAAACCUCAAAAGGUGCUUUUAUCAGGAUAUGGUGUUGAGUUGGCCAUCAAAAGCACAGAAUACAAAGCUGUGGAUGACACCAAAGUUAAAGAUUCAAAGACGGUUAUAAAUGCUGAGGAUGAUGAGAAUGAUGAAGUACAAGGUUUCUUAUUUGGAACAUUAAGAACAUCUCACCCUGAACUCCAGGAGCAACUUGGCGAACUUCGAAAACAUCUGCUGGAAAGUACCAACGACAUGGCCCCUCUCAAAGUGUGGGAGAUGCAAGAUUUAAGUUUUCAGGCUGCUGCUAGAAUCAUGUCUGUGCCAAAGUUCGACGCUUUAAAGGUCAUGCGAGACCUCAGUCAAAACUUUCCAAGCAGAGCAAGAUCACUGACAAGAGUGGCCGUAAAACAGGAAAUGAGAAAAGAAAUUGAGAAGAACCAAAAGCAUCUUGGUGAGACAAUGGGCAUCCAGCCAGGAGAUGGGGAGCUCUUUAUAAAUGGACUACACGUUGAUCUAGAUGUUCACAACCCUUUCAGUAUAUUAGACAUCCUCAGAGGAGAGGCCAAGGUUUUAGAGGGGCUUCAUAACUUGGGCAUUAAGGGAGAACAUCAGGCCAAGCUGCUUAGGUUACUUGUGAACACAGUGGAUGACAGCUACGCCUUAGAUAUCCGACAUCCAGCUAUAAUGUGGAUGAAUGACAUUGAAAAUGACCAGAUGUACCGCAGCUGGCCAGCAAGUGUGCAGGAACUUCUCAGAGCCACCUUUCCUGGCGUCAUCCGACAGAUCAGACGUAAUUUCUUUAACCUGGUUCUGUUUUUAGAUCCACUGCAGGAAGAAACUGUUGAGCUGGUGAAGCUAGCAGAGCUUUUCUACAAGCAUAAAAUCCCCCUGAGAAUUGGAUUUGUGUUUGUUGUCAACACCAAAGAUGAGAUUGAUGGCUUCUCAGACGCAGGAGUGGGAUUUUACCGGCUGUUGAAUUACAUCACAGACGAGUAUGAUUUAUCCCAAGCUGUGACGUCUAUAGUCUCAAUGUACAACAAAGUAGAUGUGGGGGAAACAUUAUCUGCUGACACAAUAUCUGCGUACCUGAAGAAGAAAUACCCAAAAGCCAAUCAAGAACGGAUUCUGGGAUCAGAUUCUGAAUAUGAUUACAAACGAAAGGAUGGUGCUCUCUUCUACAGGAAGAGUGGGCUGGGUGCCUUGCCUCUGGCAUUAUUUAAUGGAGUUCCUCUGAACCCAGACGAGAUGGACCCAGAAGAACUGGAGACCAUAAUCCUACAGCGCAUAAUGGACACCACUGCUGCCUUUCAGAGAGCAGUCUUUAUGGGUCAGUUAACAGAAAGCUCAGAUGUGGUGGAUCAUCUAAUGGAGCAGGCUAAUGUGGUUCCCAGGAUGAAUCCGCUCAUUUUAAACACUGACCGAAAAUACCUCGACUUGACUGGGACGCCAGUUGUAGAUGAUUGGGAGGACACAACUAUGUUUUCAUACUUGGAGUCUAAAGACAAAACUGCUGUGAUCUCUAAAAGGAUGAAGUAUUUCACAAAUGGUGAUGAGGAUGGGACGACUGCUGUAACCAUGUGGGUAGUUGCAGAUUUUGAGAAGGUUUCAGGGCGAAAGUUGUUGCUUAAUGCUUUGAAACAUGUAAAGUCCAGUCCAGGCUUGCGUGUAGGGGUGAUAGAUAACCCCAGUGGAAAGCCCAGCGAAGAUAACACUGUGCUGUACAGAGCUGUCUGGGCCUCUCUCCUCACCCAGAAGAAUAAGGCUGCAGCAGAGUUUGCACAAAAACUCCUAAAAGAGGAGAGCAGCCUGCUCCUCCAGCAAGGGACUAAGGUGAAGGACUUGGGGAUGCAGGGAAUGGACCUAGAUGCCUUUGAGAAAAAGUUCAACACACUAGAGGUUGAUUUUAUCCGCAGUCAGCAAAUGUUCUGUCAAGAUGUCCUGAAGCUGCGUCCUGGACAGCAGGCUGUGAUCAGCAACGGCAGAAUUCUCUGUCUGUUUGAAGAGCAGGAGGAAUUCACUAUGGAGGAUUUCCACUUGCUUGAGAAGAUUGGUUCAGCAGAGAAAGUCAAAGCCAAAGUAAAACAGAUGGGGAUGAAACCAAAGCAAGCGAGUGACCUGGUCAUGAAAGUUGAUGCGCUGCUUUCUGCAGUCUCUAAAGGAGAGAUCAGAAGAGAUGUCAGUUUUAAAGACACCCAAAGUGUGCUCCAGCUCUCACCACGUGAAAAUGAGGUGUUCUACGAUGUUGUGGCCAUCAUUGAUCCCCUUACUAGAGAAGCACAAAAGAUCUCCUCGCUCCUGAUUGUGCUUAGUCAAGUGGUCAAUGUGAAACUGCAGGUGUUUAUGAAUUGCAGGGCCAAGUUGUCCGAGUUGCCCCUCAAGAGUUUUUACAGAUUUGUUUUGGAGCCUGAUGUGGCUUUCUUGGCCAACGACACGGCGUCUCCAGGGCCGGUAGCCCGCUUCAUGGAGCUCCCAGAAUCCCCCCUUCUUACUCUUAACAUGAUCACACCGGAGAGCUGGAUGGUGCAGGCAGAGCACAGUCUCCACGACCUGGACAACAUCCACUUGCAAGAGGUUAAUGGGCUUGUAGCAGCAGAAUUUGAACUGGAGCACCUCUUACUGGAGGGCCACUGCUUUGACCUGUCAACUGGCCAGCCGCCUCGUGGACUACAGUUCACCCUGGGCAUGAGUCAGGACCCGCUCAUGUAUGACACUAUUGUCAUGGCUAAUCUGGGGUAUUUCCAGCUGAAGGCCAACCCAGGAGCCUGGAUCCUAAGAUUACGUAAAGGGAGAUCAGAGGACAUCUAUCAGAUUAUCACGCACGAUGGAACUGAUUCCCCACCUGAUGCUGAGGAUGUAAUAGUUGUGCUAAACAGCUUCCACAGUAAGAUCAUCAAAGUCAGGGUGCAAAAAAAAGCAGAGAUGAUUAAUGAAGACCUUUUGAGUGAAACUAGUGAAAGCAAAGGCAUAUGGGACUCCAUAGUAAGUGUUUGGAGCACUUUUGAGAAAAGCAUCACAGGUGGUGGCUCAAAGAAGGAUGAAGGAGAGAAGAAAAAGGAAGAUAUUCUUAACGUAUUUUCUGUGGCCUCCGGUCAUCUGUACGAGCGAUUUCUGAGAAUAAUGAUGUUGUCUGUUCUUCGGCAUACAAACACACCUGUCAAGUUCUGGUUCCUUAAAAACUACCUCUCACCUUCUUUCAAGGAGACCAUUUCUCACAUGGCCAAGUCGUAUGGCUUUCAGUAUGAGUUAGUGCAGUACAAGUGGCCCCGCUGGCUCCACCAGCAGACGGAGAAACAGCGCAUUAUCUGGGGAUACAAGAUCCUCUUCCUGGAUGUUCUGUUCCCUUUAGCUGUGGACAAGAUCAUUUUUGUAGACGCCGACCAGAUCGUUCGGGCUGAUUUAAAAGAGUUGAGGGACUUGGACUUACAGGGAGCUCCCUAUGGCUACACACCGUUUUGUGACAGUCGCAGAGAAAUGGAGGGGUAUCGCUUUUGGAAGAGCGGGUACUGGGCCUCACAUCUUGGACAGAGGAAAUAUCACAUCAGCGCGCUCUAUGUGGUGGAUUUAAAGAAAUUCCGUAAAAUUGCAGCUGGAGACAGACUGAGGGGUCAGUAUCAAGCUUUAAGCCAGGACCCAAACAGUCUGUCAAACCUGGACCAGGACCUUCCUAAUAACAUGAUUCAUCAGGUGGCCAUUAAGUCACUUCCUCAGGAGUGGCUGUGGUGCGAGACAUGGUGUGAUGAUGCCUCUAAAGUUACAGCUAAGACUAUCGACCUGUGUAAUAAUCCUAAAACCAAAGAGCCCAAGCUGAUGGCUGCAGCAAGGAUCGUGCCUGAGUGGGUAGAUUAUGACAAGGAGAUAAAAGAAACGCUGAGACGAGUCCAGGAACAGACUCCAACCCCCUCACUACAUAAGAAAGCAGAGAACCGGCGGGAUGAACUUUAGCGUCUGCCAGAAGCAUGGUGAAGAGGAAGCAGGCAGCACCUUUCUGCACGCAGGCCACCUGUGAAGCUUGAAGACAGACAGUUCCAGCUAAACAUAGCUGUGGAGUGUUACCUCCCCAGACGGAUGAAGAGGAUGUGAUAUUUUCAGAGAUGUCAUUUCUGCUUCUGAAGUCGGUAAAAAUCUCACAAACUCAGCACAGGAUUUAAUUGUGAAAGGGCAGCCAGAAACCUGCAGCUUGAAGCUCUACAGCCAGACAGCAAUUAUUGGAGAGUCUUGGAAACAGAAUGUUCAAAGCGCCACAUCAUGUUUGUUUUAAGGGAAGCAUUCGGCAUAUGUUGCACUGUACAAGUAGAGAAGGCACAUUUCUAAAUGUAUUUCAGUAUUUAAAACAUAACAAACACACCUGUCUUGUUAUUGUUCUCUAUCUGAACCAAGGGGUUGCCUUCGUCUGUAGUGCCAAACCAAAGUCUACUGUUAUUAGAUUUCACAAACUACAUUAUAGACAGUCCACCGUUUGUAAAACUCCACCCACCUAUAACUGAUCACAGCAGCUCCAACAACAAGCUACAUGUUCCAGUAGUUCUUAAAUUUUUAUCUGCAUGCCUGUUUUCUCAACUAGCACAUCACUCACUAUUUUCUAAUAACACAACCAUAAAAAUCCCACCACAGUUACCUGCUUUAAACUGGUUGUUCUUAAGAUUUCACAGCUAAUUUUUUUGUCACAUUUUAUAAAUGCAACUGCGUCAGUUGUAGUAGGUUAUCUUUACAGGGGAGAGAAUUUAAACUUGGAAACUCGAGAUGCAUGGAUGGACAUCCUUUAUGUAAGUACAAGCAUGAAGUGCUCCGAUUGGGGUGACUUGCUUGGUAAAUUCAGAUAGCAUCAUGUAGACAGCAGAGAAGGUAAUACAGACUUAAAAUAUGAAGAUUUUUUAACUGUUUCCUUCAAGACUUAGACAAUACUUUUAUCCAGUUCCACACUAUUCUUAUUGAAUUUAGUCUUACAACAUUUUUAUAAGGAAACCAUGGAAAGCUUGACAAAUGGCUUAAAUUUAUCUUCUUCAUGGAUUUAAAUGAUAGAGGAAAGAAUGUUUAAGGUAUUUUUAAUAUUGUAAAUUCCUCAACACCUGAACAUGUAGAUGUGGUGGUCAUGUACAUGUUCAGCACAGAUUUGCUGCAAUUUUGUAUCACAACUAUUUUUUUUUUUUUUUUUACCAAAAUGUCUCUCCUUUUAAACAUCUGGAAUACAACUACAUGCACACAUUCAGAUAACUUUCAUCAAAAAACCAUCAUCACUAGGGAGGAGUUUAUUUUACCGGCUUCUUGUGUGUACUGUUUCUUUAACUGGUAGUGUACGCUGAGUCCGUGCUCAGAGAGAAGGCAGCCAGUGGGGGAAACCUAUGUGUUUACAGAGUGAAGUUAGACAAAUGGUGGUCUGUCUUUGGUACUCGGCUUCAGUUUUCCCAUCAGAACAAAGAAUCCUCAAGUCAUGUUUUUAUAGGUAGCAUGUCAAAUUUUUACUUAUGUCAAUGUUAAUUAUGUGACUUCUUCAGACAUCCAGUGAUUUUUGUCUCAGGAUUAAGAGGACGUAUUACUGCUCAAAUCAAGCCAACAUGUAGUGUUUCCGUUUUAAGAAGUGAUGUUUUUAAACAAGUUUAUCCAGACUGCUCUCAGGACACCUUUGUUUUAUUGUAAAAUGUCAAAAAGCAAUGUUUAUUAAUAUUAUGUAACGAGAGGGUGGAUAGAAAAAAUAAACUUUUGCUAUAAAAUCUAAGUUCUUA